GUAUCAGCAGAGCAAUAAUAAAUUUAGCUGAAGCCCAACAACACAACUUUUCCAGAUUUCAAGACAACAAGAUGAACAACUCCAGUGCUACCUGCUCAGUCUCGACCCAACACUUCUCCAUCAUAGUGCUUCUGUGUCUGGUCUUCUUCAUGGGUUUUCUGUUGAACGUCUUCUGUCUGGGGGUCUUCUGCUGCCGUAUGUCGUCGUGGAGCGCUGGGACCACCCUCCAGUUCAGCCUGGCUCUGAGCGACGCCCUGGCAGCCCCCUCGAUCCCACUCAUAGCUACAUACUUUGCCAUGGGGAAUGACUGGCCCUUUGGUCAGGUGUUCUGCAAAGUCAUCAUGGCCCUCCUGAGCUCCCAGUUCUACGGCAGCACAAUUUUUCUCACCCUGAUCAGCGUUCACAGAUACACGGCUGUGGUGCACUUCAACAAGAGCUCCAGGAUGAAAAACAAAAGCUUUAUCAGAAAACUGUGCGCUGGAGUGUGGCUGCUUCUUUUAGCGCAAUGUCUCAUCUAUGGUUUUACAAUUCCCACAACGAAAGUCCAGUACUGCCUCACGUUCAUCCAGAGGACCCUGAAAGACUCCCUCUUCAUCAUCAGCUGUGUCCUAUUCACCGUCGGCUUCCUCCUUCCCUUUAUUAUCUCAGCAAUUUCUUAUUUCCGUGUCACAAACGCACUCAUUCACUUAAACACCAGCUCCUCCAAAGGUCUAAAAGUGAAACUCAAAUCCCAGCGCAUGAUCCGAAUGUGCCUCAUCAUAUUUGGGAUUUGCUUCCUGCCCAUGAACGUGAUCCGGACUAUAGGAGUAGUGCUGAAUAAGUACUAUCCAGAACAGUGCAAAUUACUUCAUUAUGUACAGACUGCGUACUAUGUCUCCUGGAUUCUUGCUGGUGUGAACUGCUGCCUGGACCCACUGCUUUACUUUUUUGGAUCUGAAAACUUUAGAGGCGCCUUAAAGGGAUAG